AGGUUUGCGGACCGCGGUCCUCGGUGGUGCGCGCGCGGUCUUGUUGCCCCUCGUGGCAGUGGGGCGCGUGGAGCCGCUUCCAGGAGACCGAGGCCUUAACGUUCGCGCGUUCUGAAGCAGCGGUCUCGGGCUGGGGCCGCGGGCGCACAGUGCUUCCGGAGAGCCGAAAGCUCUGCCUGCCGCCAGAGGGGGCUGAAGGGCCUGGUCGUGGCCUACAGGGCCUGGCGGCCUCGCGCACACGGUCUGCGUCAGCGGGCGGAACGGGGACCGGGCCUCGCGGGCCCCACUCCCUGGCUUUAGCUAAAGAAGACACUGAUGCAGCUGUUCAAUCAAUUUUAUACAGAGAAAAUUAUGUAAUAAAGGAAUUAGAUAAGUAUUUAAAUCAUCAUGACUUCUUAAAUGCAAGAAGAAAAGAAAUGUUGUAUAAAAAAUGGGUUGAGCGUGUGGAAGAUCCUCUACAGAAGAAAAUUAUAGAAAAAGUUUCUUCACAUAAGAAGAUUAAAAAGAGGAGACGACAAGAAUUAGAGAAUUUUUUGAGAUAUGUUAAUAAGAAGGAAAAUGCGUUUAUAGAGCAUUAUGAUCCAAAAGAGUACGACCCUUUUUAUCUGAACAAAGAAGACCCCAAUUUUAUGAAGGUUAUCAUGCCACCAGUUCGUGACCCUUUGAAGAAAGCUCAAUAUGACAAGGAUGAUGAGAAGCGAACUCUUCUUCAGUGUGAGACUGGCAAAAUCUAUACAAUGAAAGAAUUUAAAGAGGUCGAGAAGGCCCAAUUGCAGUCCAGGUUCCCGAGUAUUUCUAAUUCAAGGCAAUGCAUGACUCCAAAUGAAUGGCUUAAAGUGCCCACGAGAUAUAUAGAGAGUGAAUUUUGUAAAAAGAGCAGGGUCAAAGUGAAGGUGAAUUUUAAUGCUUGUAGUUUUGAUUUGAAUCCACUGAGAAGGGUGCCUGAAAUUCUGGAAUUCAAGGAGAAAGAAAAGGCUGUCAGUUACAAAAACAAAGGACUUUUCUCUCUGAGCAGUGAAGAUCUGUGUCUCCAGGAGGGAACAAACCCAAGUUCCAAAGGGGUCAGUGCUGAAGGUCGCCAUUCUUCUGCAGCCCUCCGCCAGGAGGUAGAAAGGGAUGGGGACCAGGAUGAGGUAUUAGCUCGAGAAGACAUCGAUGAAGCUGUGCAUGCGAUACUGUUCCGAGAAAACUACAUUGUGAAGAGAAUGGAUACAUAUAUUCAGCAUCAGGCUGUUUUUAAGGAAAGAAGAAAAGAGAUGUUACAUAAGAAAUGGGUUGAAAAUGUAGCGAGGCCUCUUCAGCAGAGAAUUAUAGAAAAAGUGAUUUCAUAUAGAAGACCUGGACAAAGUCAAGUGAAAUAUGAAUACUGCCUAAAGCACACGAAUAAACCGACAAAAGCCGCUCCGAUGUGUGAGUGUCUGUUCCGAAGACAGCAAGAGCUCCGAGAAGCUAAAGGAACCCGCUACCAACACGGCACAGGGAAACAGAACGUCGCGCAAAAAGAACCUAAAGGAACCAAGAAGGCUCCCCUCUUCAGCAGAUCACCCAAGUUCAUGCUCACUUCCCAUGGCAUCGUUCCCAAAGAGAGGCAGAGAGCCUCUGCCCAGCCUCUGUGGAAUAAGCCCAGUCUGUGCAGUUCUGAAAAGCUUGUCUGUACAUCCAAGUCACAUCUGCCCCAGGAAGAGAAGACCUGCAACCUCAGCCAGAUUGUCUUUGAAAGGCAGUUCCGUUCCUCUAAGCUCAGCCCGAAGAAGAAAGAGGCUGAGAAGGAGGGUCCGGUUUCAGGGACCCGACCACAGAGACCACGCUCCUGGGCAGCGGCAGACAGCCACCAUCCGCAGGGGCCCUCCGCUGUGGGAAGGAAGGUGAUGACCGCAGAGCUCCUCGGGGAGCACCUGGCCUCCCUGCAGGGGGCAGCCCUGUCGGGCCUGCAGUGGGCAUAGCGCUCCUGCGCUCGCACUGCACACACACUUAGGGCGCUGAGAAUGCAGCUCAUCUCUAGGUAGACAGCGCUUGCAAGAACCACCAGAGGGACAGCAGUUAGUUUUCUAAGCCCUGGCUAUGAACUAGGAAGUGUGUGUGGUGUUUUCAUUUCACUGAAAACACUUGACAGCAAGACAGCUUGACCAUCUCCCAGUACUUGGUGCUCAAUGGGGCUCUGCGCCUGGCUUGGGGCCAGUCCCCAGUCAGAGAUACCAGGGCUUUAUUCAAGUUCAGUCCUGCUCUCGCUCCAGGUGCGACUACCUUACAAACACUCAGGCCUGGCAGUGGGGGUUCAAUUGCUCAGAGGGAGCAUGCUCUACCAUUGUCUCAUGCCCCCCGGGGGGGGGGUACACUGAAGAGGUUUAAUGGGGCCUCCUCGCUAAGGGGAGAUGUCUAGUUAUGUGAGGGCUACCUGCUUCCUGGUGGAUGGGGGUUCUCCUUGCAUCCUCUAGAAACUUGGGCUCACACUUCAGUGGGGAAGACAAUUUGACUUCCUCAGCAGCAGUUCUGGGUUACUAAGCAAAAAAGACUGGAGUUGCUGGCUGUAUCCUUUUUAGCCAUCAAAGUCACAUGAGUCAGAUCCUGAGGGCUCCUGUGUCCCAAAUCUGAUCAAGGUGUCCUGACAGUUGAGAGACAGGGACACUUACUCUAGUGAGGAUUAAAGUCCCCAUGGUCCUGGGGGAAGAGGAUGGUUGCCGUGUAGCUAUAGGUCACAAGUAACCUCAGAGCUUUAAAGCUGCCGGAUUGCCGGAGAGUGUAAUGCUCCACACGUGGGCUGUCAGCAGCAACUUUCCUGACUUCAACUCCAUCUUGCUUCAGUAGCAACAAGACAAGCUCCCCAAACCCAGGAGUGUGGACAGCAGGCUUGCCCAGCAGCCUGUGCCUGGUCCUUCAGAGCUUCCUAGAGUAAGCAGGAUCCUGGUUGCUUCAGUUUUAUGUAUCAAGUAGCAGUUUCUUCCUGUUUUAACCAGCAGGUAUGUGAGGUCAGCAUCUGGACUAGGCAAAGGGAAAAGUCUUUAAAAUUUCAGUCCACUGAACUGUGUGUUCUAAGUGACUCAGCCAAUUUAAACAAGAAUGGGGAGAAUGGAAGAGCCCUGAGCUCCUGGCUACUCUAGCUGUUGGAGAAAGAUCUGUCACCUUUACUCUGUGAUCUUCAUUGGAGGAUUUUGUGUUCAAUAUCUUAGUUACUAUUUGAAAUUUUUCAUAUUUCAGUAUUCAAAAGCCAAAUAAGCAGUAUGGCUAUGGCUGUGGGAAGACAGAGGACAGGAAGUGCUGGAGCUGCAGGGCAGCAGAGCUGCAGACAGUUCUGACCUCUGCACUUCACCCUUCCCUGUAGGAUGCCCCUGUCGGUGCCAGCAUAGCUCCCACACAGUUCACCUGCCCACAGCAGUGACCUGUGAAACCUCAGGAACCUGAGAGCCGCACAGAAGGCUCUGGGCAAGCCAGCGGUGGAGUUAAGUAGAUCUCCUGGCCCACCCAUCCUUCAGGAUUCUUUAUAAGCAGUUUCAGAAGGGAACUGUUAAAAGCCUUUCACACACAGUCAAGCUUUGAGAGGAGUUACAUUCAUAAACUUAUACUUUUAUUCUCUUUCUGUACAAGUUGGCAAUGAUAAAGCUUAAAGAUGCAUUUCUAUGAAAUAUGCAAAACAAGGAAUUUACAUAAAUAAUUUAUACUUCAGAAAAUUAAAGUUGAAAAAUAUUCCCACAUUAUUUUAGAGUUCACAGUAUAUUUAAAGUACAUCAAGCUUCCCUCUUUAUAUUUCAAACCGUAUUGUCUGAGCAGAGAAGGAUAAAAUCUAACCAGAAUGAAAGGAUCAAGUUUCUGUUUAUUCAGUGCACAAGUGGAUGCUACUUCAGUAUCAGGCCACACAGCCCCAUGGCUGCAAUGUUCUUCCCUAACCCUUCCCCUCCUGAGUGCUGUGGCCCAGCAGGGCUCAUGUGUGUGGACCGGCUCUAGCAUCACCGACUCCACAGUGGACACAUUUGCCAAGUGGUAACGCCCCGUGGUCUGAUGCCUCAUUUCCACAUAAUACUUUAUAGCCCUGAAAAUGGAAACCCGGCACCUAGCGCAGCUGGACGUUAGCACUAGUUACAAGGCACUGUGCUGUGGCGUUUGUCUAUAGGAAAGGUCAUUGCAUAGAUGGCUAGCAAGUUAGUGUGCAGGAACACACUGGCCCGGCAUGUGGCUUUGUGAUGGAUGAAGCCAUGUGAUGCUCCUCGGCCCAGGAGAACGUAGUCUUCCACUCUUAGACCCAGCCUGUGGGCAGCUCCCCUGGUGCUGGCUUCUCCAGGCCCUCAGAGGAGAGUUUUUUGUUCAAAAAGCUGCAGGUCAAAGCGGACCCAGACUUCUCCAGUGGGGACUUCGUGCAGCAGGAGCCGGCGAGUCGUAGGGCCUUUGCUUUCCUGCUCUGUUCGAAUUUUUGCCACUGGAACUUCAGUACGACCCAGGAAGUCUGGGGAAUAAACAUCACAUGAGGAUCAAGUACUUUUGUUCCUUCUAAGAUUUAAAACCUUGCCGAGCAGGAGAGCCCGAAACAGGAUUUAGACAGGUUUGAAGCCCUGAGUGAGGAGCCCACUGGUUCACGAUCUUUGGUCCUACAGUGGACAAAUGCAUGGUACAGCUCCCUAUCUGUUAGCCGACUGGGCAGACAUAUGUAAGCAGGCAGUGCCUGUGCUCAGAGACCAUGCCUUCCGGCAAACACCCACCUCCUGCCGAAGUGAGCUGACGUGGGCCUGUGUCAUUUCCUGUAGCUGUCAUGGGGCAAUAGCACAGUUUAGGACCCUGAGUAAAGUCUAGAUCCCAGACAACUGGGACCACCUUCAGGUCUCUGUGCCGAGUUACACUUACCAUCUGGAGAAAACUGGUCUCUGUCGAACAUAGUGAGACACAGUACGUCCUGGUAAAGAUCCUUGAUGAAGAACUGGCAGUUGAAGUUCCACUUGGGGUUUAGCGUGUCUUGGAGGGUCCUGGUGGUGUAGCUCUGGGAGCCCAUGCUGACUUCACAGUAUGGAUUACUCUUUCCUGCACAGAGACAGGCCCAGGACACACGCAGUGUGCUAAGUAAAGAGGGUGAGCAGGGUGGAGGCUGCUUCACCAGAGACCAUGGCAAGAAGCGCCACUACCUGGUGGGACACAUUUACCUCAGAGUUGAGUAGUAGGUAUGGCCCCGUGUUCCCAGGGAGCCCCGGGGAGCAAGUGUAGGUUCUAACAGCAGG